CCCGUGCUCGCCAUCAGCCCCGUGAUGAAGCAGGUGCCCCUCCCGCUGCCGCUCGCGCUCGCCCUGCUCGUGCUGGUGAUGGUGGCCGCGUGGCGGGGAGACUCCACCCAUGAACAGCUCGAGCAGCUGGCGCACGACUUCGACGAGGCAGCGACGUUCCCCGACUCUUUGUCCCAACAGGCGUCGCAGGCCGCCCCCGCUGGCGCCCCGCAGGGAGGCCACGCGGCUGCCAGCAGUGGAGCGGGUGCUCAAGGCCCCGACCCCUGGCAGCAGUACCUGGCCGCGGGCGGCCACCCCUGGCGCGUGCACGGGGACUCCCGCCCGCGCUUGCCGCGGCGGUGGCAGUGGCCCCGCGGCCCUCUGCUGCUGCUCCUGGCCCUCGGCAGCUGCCUGGUGCUGGUGACCCUCCUCA